AAAAUUUAAACGGCUGUCCAUACAUCCAUACAUAUUUGCAAUGAGUCACACAUUUCUGAUAUUUUUGCCAUUAAAUAUCCAAUGCAUGCAAACACUACAUUUAAUUUUUGCUAAAUAUAAUACUCAACGGCUGUUUGACAAUCAUUUAAACGGAAAACUCAUUCACAUAUUUAUUUAUAAUAUUUCGCUAAUAUUUCCGUUUUCUCUCUGUUUAUGAAUGCUUUGCACAGAAUUUAGUCAGCGAUGCGUCUAAAGUGUUGUCUGAGACGACUGGCCUAUAUUUCUCGGAAGUGACCAUAAGGGUGCCAAACGGGUGGACCACUACCCCCAACACUACUGUCCAAAUACGUGAUACCGACGCAGAUGUUAUCGUUAUAAACAGAGACGUCGAGCAAUCAUUUUGCAUGCAAUACGCCGGUUGUGGUGAACCCGCACUUCCUAUUACGGUCACCAAAAAGACGGUCACAGAUGGUAACGGCGCUAAGCAACUGAUCCACGAGUGGGCGCACUAUCGGUACGGCGUGUUCAACGAGUUUGGCUUCAAGUCGGACCCCUUAUAUCCCGCGUACUAUAGUAUAGCCGGAAAUCCUAACACCAGUGAAAUACUUAUCAACUCGUGCGCCGACAGAGAGUUUAGUUAUAGCACUGAAACGGGAACGGGUAGUAAGUGCGAACUCGACACCAGUAAUACCACGGGAUUACCUACCGAUGACCACUGCCAGCCCAUACUCACCCAAACCAAUAAGUUCGAGUCGUCCCUAAUGUUCGCCCAUUCAGUGGAAAGUGUGAAACACUUUUGCGGUGACACACGCUCUGGCGGACAGGGAUCUCAUCGACAUAACAGCAAAUCCCCGAACAAACAAAACGUUUUG